AUUUCGUGAAGAGGAAAAAUAAUAGUCACUUGAUUCCAUUGGGCUUCAAUAUAAACUAUUCAUAAAUUAUUUCAUUAUAUUUUAAAUUCACUUUGAGUUAUCUCGAUUUGUUUUAAUUGGUGUGGAUGAUAAAUUAUUUAAAAUACUUGGUGUGGUUUCUGGUGAUUACUGAAUAAUGUCGAGAUUAUUUUUGAGGUUGUUAUUUUGUGUUAUUCUCUUUAAAUUUGCUCUUGGGACUAGUUAUUACAAGGAUUCUAAGGUCUUGGAGGUUAAAGAAGACGAUUUUGACAAUAAAGUGAAGAGUUUUAAAGUCACACUAGUCAAAUUUUACAAUGAAUCGUGUAAGAAAUGUGUAGAGUUUUCAGAAGUGUAUAAAAAUUUGGCUAACAUCUUUCAUGAUUUGGUUCAAGUUGUAGCCGUUAAAGACGAGAAUGUGUCAAAGAAAUAUAAAGUUAAGUCAUUCCCAUCACUAAAACUGUUCCUUGGAAAUGGAAAGGAGUCUGAACCUGAUGUGGUAGACGUUGAUGAAGGUAGGGACUUGGAUGACUUGGUUUCUUUUACAUUGAAAAACCUUAAAAAACACGUUAAACACAGAGCUGCAAAAUUCAUUCCGAAAGACUCGAAGAAGGUUGUUGUUCAACUAACUUCUGACAACUUUCACUCAUUAGUCACUGAUGACACCUAUAACCAGUGGUUGGUCAAAUUUUAUGCUCCUUGGUGUGGACACUGUAAAAACCUUGAGCCUGAAUGGAUGAGUUUGCCUAAAAAGAGUAAAGGAGUUAAAGUCGGAAGAGUAGAUUGUACCUCUCAUCAAUCUCUUUGCGCACAAUUCAACGUUAAGGGAUAUCCUACAAUAUUAUUAUUUAACAAGGGAGAAAAGAACCCUAAAACUGCUAUGAAUUAUGAAGGCCAGAGAACCGCUGCUGAUAUUUUAGCAUUUGCGAAGAAGAAUGAUAAGGCUCUAUCCCCUCCAACUCAUGCCACUUUAGUAGCAGAAUUGAAAGAGAAAUGUAGUGGUCCUCUUUGUCUUUUGUUCUUUUUCAAACCCUCAACGAAGGAAGAAAAUCUCAAGACUCUCAAGAACUUUGCCUCAAAACAUACUGCUCCAUUUGCUCUGGCAUACUCCUUAGUUGGUGAGAAUGAACAGUGGGAAAGAGUCUUUGGGUUAAAGGAGUUUCCGGCUGUAGUUGGCUUAAAUUUAGCAAAAGGUGUUUAUUUGCCCUUAAAUUCCGAGUUUUCCAAGGAAAAUUUGAAUAAAUUCGUCAAGUCAAUACUAUCUGGGAAGGCCACUGGUAUUAAACUCUCUGAUGACCUCAAGGACACGAAUGAUGAAUUAUAACAUUAAUGUAGUACGUACUGUA